AUGGCCCAGUUCUCUGGCACCAUCAAGCUGACCGACCUUAAUGACUUCAUAGCGCCGUCGCAGGCGUGCGUGGUGUCUCUGCAGGGCGCGGCGCCUGAUGCUAAGCCGCCGAUGCAGCUGCUGGAGGAGGAGGGCAAGGUUCAGCUGCACCACAAGCCAGGCACCGGCUUCAAGCAGACAGUCACCCCCGGCGGCAAGGACGAUGGCCCAGUGAAGGUCUCCCUCCACGACUGCCUUGCCUGCAGCGGCUGUGUCACUUCCGCAGAGACGGUGCUGCUGCAGAACCAGAGCGUGGGGGAACUGGCUGCCAAGAUGAUGGAGCCGGGGGUGGUGGUGGUGGUGACCGUGUCGCCCCAAUCGCGCGCGUCGCUGGCAGUGCUGCAUGGGCUCGACGCCGCGGGCGUGCAGGCACGGCUCACGACGGCGCUGCGGCGUAUGGGGGUGGCGGCCGUGCUGGACAUCGGCGUCGGCAGGGAGAUGGCCCUGGCAGAGUCUGCAGAGGAAUUUUUAGACCGCUUCGAGAGCUCCAAGGCCGCGUCCACCUCAAGUCGUGCCGCCAUGGCGUCCACAGGGGACUCCUUGCCCGCACUCAAGCACCCACGCAUUGCCGCGCACCCCGUUGCUGCCGCGUCUUCUGCGCCGGGCCCGCUGCCUGUGCUGGCCUCCGCCUGUCCCGGCUGGGUCUGCUACGCCGAGAAGACCCAGGGCGCCAACCUGCUGCCCCACAUAUCGGCAGUCAAGAGCCCCCAGGCGGUGAUGGGGUCGAUUGUCAAGCGGCGGCUGGCGGCGUUGAGGGGCUGGGACCCCGCGCGCGUGUACCACGCGACCGUGAUGCCCUGCUACGACAAGAAGCUGGAGGCCUCCCGGGAGGACUUCCUGCUGCCUGGCACCAUGGUUCCCGAGGUCGACUCGUGCCUCACCACGGGAGAAUUGCAGCAGCUGCUGGAGGGUUGGGACAUGGGCAACCUGGCCGAUGUGCCGCCCACCGCCCUGGACACCCUGCUGCCGGCUGAUCACCUGCAGCUGUGCAGAGAGCAGCAGCACCAGCAGCACCAGCUGCCACAGCAGCACGGGCAGCAGCAACAUGAGUCACGACAGGACGGGCCUAGUGUUGGCAGCUUCAGCGAUCUCGGGUGGAAGCAGCACUACGCGGUCGCACCCUGGGCGGAGCCGCCACUGCACGGCGCACCAGGCAGCAGUGGCGGCUACUUGGAAGGAGUCGUGCGUGCAGCUGCUGGCCGGCUUCAGAUUUCCAGCAGCGGUGGUGCCGCACCGGCGCUGCCACCGCUGGGCACCCCACUGCCCCUCAAGGCUGUGCGCAACUCAGACUUUCGGGAAUUCAUGAUUGAGCCCCCUGCCGGCGAAGGCGCAGGUACAGCGCGGCCGCUGCGCUUUGCAGCUGCCUAUGGCUUCCGCAACAUCCAGUCCCUAGUGCGGCGGAUCAAGCUGGGGCGCUGCGAGUACGACUAUGUGGAGGUGAUGGCCUGCCCUGGCGGCUGCCUCAAUGGCGGUGGCCAGGCCAAGCCGCGGGAGGGCUUGAGUGCGGCGGGCCUUCUGGAGGAGCUGGAGCGCCUGUACUACGUGAGGGACCACGCGGCAGGCGACGCGGUGCUGGGAGGAGUCUGCGAUCAAGGCCAGGGGACCACGGCGGCCAUCAGCGAAGUUUAA